AUGUCGAAGCUUUUCGACCUCGCGAAGGUCGCCGACGUGGAGGGUAAAAAGAAGCGCCUCUUUGCAGGGGAGAAGAUCAACGAAACAGAGGGCCGUGCAGUUCUGCACGUCGCCCUCCGGGCACCGAAGGAGGAGACCAUCAACGUGGAUGGCAAGAACGUCGUCCCGGAGGUGCACUCCGUGUUGGACGCGAUCAAGGCGUUCUCAGACAAAGUCCGAUCUGGAAGCUUCGUCGGCCACACCGGCAAGAAGCUGACGGACGUGCUCUGUAUUGGCAUUGGUGGGUCCUACCUUGGCGUCGAGUUCGUCUACGAAGCGCUGAGGACCGACUCAACUGCCUCGGCAGCAGCGAAGGGCCGAUCUUUGCGGUUUCUGGCAAACGUGGAUCCCAUCGACGUGAAGCGGGCUUUGACGGGCCUCAAUGCCGAAACCACACUCGUCGUUGUCAUCUCCAAGACUUUCACCACGGCAGAGACUAUGCUGAACGCCCGGACGGUCAAGGACUGGCUGGUGAAGGAGCUUGGUACAGAGGCGGCCAUCGCCAAACAUGUCAUCGCAUGCUCCACGGCACUGGACAAGACGAAGGCCUUCGGUAUCGACUCUGCCAACGUCUUCGGCUUCUGGGAUUGGGUGGGCGGUCGCUUUUCCGUUUGCAGCGCGGUGGGUGUCGUGCCGCUCGCGUUGCAGUACGGCUUUGAUGUCGUUCAGAAGUUCCUGGCGGGCUGCCGGGCCAUGGACCUGCACUUCCGGGACGCACCGUUAGACAA